UAUGCGAGGAGGUUGGCGAUCUACGCAGCAAGCGGCGGUAGCGGCAGGCUGAGACGGCAUGCGGACGACCGCCAGGGGCGGCAGCUUGCGGUGGUCGGAGCACGAGAGGAGCAGAGAGCAGCGGCGCGUCUGCGAGGGAAGAUGACGGCGCAUCCAUUGGAGGCGACCUCGGGGCAGAGGGCGUCCAGUGGAUCCUGGCCCUGGAGGCGGUCUUGGAGUGCCGCCGGCUGAAGCACGUCAGGAGUGACGACGGCUCCAUGGGAGGCGACCUCGGGGCAGAAGGGGCGAGGUACCGGUAGGCGGCGGUCUGGUGGUGGUUCGCCGGGCGGCAGGGUCGGUCGGGCACGUGGGGAUCGAGCGCGUCCCCCCUGAUGGCGUUGAGCAUAGCGGCACACGACCCCAAGACAACAGAGAGAACAGAGAGAGGAAAAAAGCUCAGUAGCGGCGAUGGCGAGCGGCGGCGGUUUGAUGACGAAGAAGGAGCUCGGCGAGACCCACGACGUCCUCCGCUUUGGCGUCAACAACAGCGUCCAUGGCGACCUCGCGCUAGCGCACCCCGUCCAGGCCACCAUCAAGGAGGCCAAGUUCUGGGAUAAGAAGAAGAAGUUUGGGACCGAGGCCAUCUACGGAUCGACCUUCAACAUCCGCAGGGAUCUCGACACCCAGAUCCUCUCCAGGUUAUGCGCUCAUGGAGGAGAACCUGCUGUUCCUGGGGGCCUGGAAAGCAGUUGACAACGCUACUACUUGUGACGAGCUGUGUACACAAGGGAAGAGACAUAUGACUCCAAAUGUGCAAAGUCUGCAAGUCAUCACGUGCCACUUCAUAUUUGAGAAAGUACAACUGAAUUUGAUAAUUUGAUUAAAUGUAGUUAUCAUGCACCUCCUUUGGUUGAAUCUAAAUUCUGUUAGAAACAUGGCAACCCACCUAAAUAUAACAUCGAUCUGUACAAACUGAGAGAUGUUGUGUUUUUACAUUUCUUAUGUGGUCUGACCAAAUUUGCUAGAUGCAUGCCUUCAUACUUUAGUGAUAAAAUAGAUAUAAUUAAUAGAUGUAUUCAUGUAUGGUUGAUUGGAUUCUUGAUGUCGACCCUAUACAUGUGCAGCUAAUCUUGGAUUCUAGGCAUAGGGGCCGAGUUACCAAUACCCGAAGAAUGCUCUGUAGUUGCUUAUAUAGCUUUGGUUCUUUUCAAGAUUUAUUUGUACUAUCCCGGAGUUCAUUAAUUUGUUUGCCAAAUUAGGAGGCGCUUGGUUACAGUCUGAAAGACAUUUACCAUGUUUGUGUGUCUGGACAAUUUCCCUGAAAUUUUACAUCCUUUGUACUGUCAAUUCCUCUACUGCUUCAGAACCAAUAAUGGGAUUUAUUUAUUUUGCUUUAAAGAGCUUUCUGCUUUGUAGUUUAGUUUGUUGUCUGCUGCUGACCCUGAGUAUUUGCUUGCUGCACAGGUUGAGUUUGCAUGUGAGACACUGGAGAGCCCCACUCUGCUCAACUUGAAGGUGCUGUUGCUGAACUUGUAAAGGUGCAACAAGAAGAGGAGGCUGCCUAGAAUUGCUAUAUUGAAGCGGGAUCUGCUGGAAGUUACCUUUGGCCAUCCACUGAUUUAUUUGUUGGGAGGAAGGGCCCUUGCUGGAAGUGUGGAGGGAAUCCCCAUGGUGGCGGCACUCCUGGUUCAGGGUAGCUGAAAUAGCCCGGGAACCACAACAACGACAUUUACAUCUACCAGACUGAUCGAACUGCUGGAAGGAGUUGUUCUGGCUGCGUGCCCCUUUCUCCCUUUGUGUAACAUCCCAAAAUUCUAAAUUUUGGAAUGUUAUAUUAAAUAAUUAAUUAUGACUGUUUGUUUGAUUGUUGUGUGAAUGAUGUUGUGAAAUUGA